ACCAAUCCGCUUUCCGUGACGCGGACCGAAGCUGUCUGAAAGCUCUGGCGGGAGACAACGCAGCUUGUAUUGUCUGUCAGUUUAAGUAACGGGUUCGGCGAAAUAAUAUUCGUUUUACGUCUAUACGUUACUUAAGGUCAUAUUUAGAAUUAUAUUUUUAUAUUGGGAGAAGAGACAUCCUAGUCCUCUAUCUUCCUACUUUAACAGUAUAAUCUACGGCACUGGACUAAUAGCUCGCAAGCUAAGAAGCCAGACCUUCUAAGAGUUUUACUUGAAACGUCUGUGGAGUAUUUAAAGCUGUUCUCGGUUUCUCGGCAUUGUUUCGGGGGUAAAUUGAGUCAGUUUUCUUGCCACUACAGUAACGUUAGAGCUAUGGCAAAAGUGCAAGUGCUAAAUGUAGCUGUCCUGGACAACCCGAGUCGAUUUGGAAACCCGUUUCAAUUCGAAAUAACCUUUGAGUGCAUGGAGGAUCUUCCCGAGGAUCUUGAAUGGAAGAUUAUUUAUGUGGGCUCAGCAGAAAGUGAAGAGUACGAUCAGACUCUUGACUCUGUCCUGGUCGGUCCGGUUCCUGCAGGCCGACACAUGUUUGUGUUUCAGGUGGAUGCUCCAAACCCUGCCCUAAUACCUGAGAGUGAUGCUGUGGGUGUCACUGUUGUUCUGAUCACAUGCACAUACAGAGGACAGGAGUUCAUACGCAUUGGCUACUAUGUUAACAACGAGUACACAGACACUGAGCUUCGUGAGAAUCCGCCCCUCAAACCUGAUUAUGGACAGCUCCAGAGGAACAUUUUGGCUUCCAAUCCAAGAGUAACCAGAUUUCACAUCAACUGGGAGGGAUGUGCUGAGAAAAUGGAGGAUUCGGAGAACGUGGACCCUGCACCUAAUGCCAUGCUGCCCCCAUCCUGCACUCCGGGGAAAGCACCUCCGCUAGGACUGGUGCCAGACAACUCCAUGGACUGUUUGUAGUGACGCAGGCUCCUGCGAAUAAUCCUCGCAUCUCAAGGCUCAUCUGUGAGCUCAGGUCAAUCUGGACACUGUGGAGGAGAGGCGGGAUUAUUCAGACACAUCAAAAAUAAAAAAUUUAUCAAAAUUUCCUACAGUCAUCGCACCUAUUCGAAAACAAACAAGCGGUGUGCAGAAUACGCCAAAUCCUCCGGGAUGCAAUAAAUGCGUUUGCUUUUCAGUUCAAAGCUUGAAUGGAGAGCUGGUGAGUCAUAAAUCUAAGACACGAUUUGGGUAUUAGGAUGUGCUGCAUCUAAUGCCAUCAACCUUUUGAUCCAAAACCGAUCCUUUCUCAAACCGAAAGGGGAUGGAAGAUCAGCCCAGCAGAUGUCAAAUGCAUUAUUCAUUUAACAGACUUCAUCAGAAACACUUGUGUAAAAGGUUGCAGCGGACACUAUUUUUGUAGGUGGUACUGUAUUAUAUUGUGUGUGUGUGUGUGUGUAUAUAUACAUAUAUAUAUCUUAUGAUUUGUUUGUUUGUUUUUGGUAUGCUAGUUCUCAGUUAAAUAAAUGUUUUCUUACGUGAUAAUGGUCA